AUGCCCCCCAUCCGCGAAGACGCCGAUAGCAUCUUUACCGACCUCUCCCGCGCCACCGCAGGCUCCCUCCGCCAGCAGCAGCGGCCUCGCUCCAUCGCCGGCACCAACAGCUUCUACCAGUACGGCGAGGACUACAUCACUGCCUACGACAGGGUCGGGUUGGUGGCGCCGCCCGGCCCAAUGAGGCCCAACAGCAGGACGAGCAUGCAUAGUGUGCGGAGUGCGCGGUCGGCGCGGUCGUCUCUGUGCUGCUCUGGGCCUUCGACGGUUCCCGUUUGCUGCUCUGGGUUGGAAGAAGGAGACGAGGAAGGCGAGGAUGGAGGCUUGGGAGAAGGGAGUAGAAGUGGGGCAGGCAGCGCAGCGGGCAACACGGCGCGGGAGAGUGCGGGAUAUGGCGGUGGCGGGAGCGGGAGCAGUAGUAGUGGGGCGCCGACAGACAACGAGAAGGGGAGCGUGGGCUGGGGCGAUGUUGAGAAGGGGCUUGACGAUAGAAGGAGGAGGAACAAUAAGUCUUGGUGGAAGCGAUGGAGGCGGGUGAUUCUGGUGGUGCUUGUUAUCUUGAUUGUUACUGGCUUUGCUGUUGGUUUGGCCUUUGGGUUGCAAUCAUGA